UUUAACCUUCAGCCUCUGGCACCCACCGUGUCUUACAGGGUUGGGGUUGUUGGGAACAUCCACACCCUCCACCGCCUCCUUUGGGCCUCAGUUUCCUAGUCUGUGACACAAGUUCCCCCAGCUCUGAGGGUCUAUCCGUGGAAGAGGCUGGUGUGCGCCCCUUUGGUACAGCAUGGAUUUGCUUUGGGUCCAGGGCCUCAGUUUCCUCAUCUAUAAAAUGGGCUUGCAAAUGGACACACAAAGACCUCUAAACUCCAUUUUGAGACUUUGACUUUGUGUGGGAUACAGGGGUUUUCCCCAGCACUUGGCAGACCCUGAAAGGGCCAAGGAAAAUUCACUCCAAAGUCCUUUUUGGAAGAUGCUGAGGGAACACUUUAGGAAAAUGGAUUUUCCUAAAGAUUUGUGGAGUCCCUGGGCGUUGCAAAUGGUUCAUGCACUCAGCUGCUGACCAGAAAGUUAGAGGCUCAAAUCUACCCCGGAGGCACCUGGGAAGGAAGGCCUGGUGAUCUACUUCCGGAAAAUCUGCCACUGUAAAUGCUUUGGAGCACAGCUUUACUCUGACACAUUGACUCAGUGGCAACUGGUUUAAAGAUUGCCUCAAAAAAAGGCAGAGCUUACAGAGUUGUGAACACUUUUGUGGAAACUUAUGCUCAAAUGCCGGGAGCACGUCCUUUCUUUCUUCAGCAGAGGAUACGGCCCACCCUUCCUUUCUCUGGCAGUAUUCUGCCAUCUGCCAUUGUUCUUUGUUCUCUCACCCUAAAGAGGAGCCCUCAGAGCUACUGAGAUGUGAGGGCUCUUUGCCCUGAGGCUGCGCAUCCCCAGAGCACUCAACGGUCAGUGCGACACAAUACUUGCUGUGCCAGGACCUGCACUAAGUGUCAGGAAACAGCUUAAUAACACAUUGUUCUUGCCCACAAGCUUGUCCCAGGCAGUUACAGUGUGGGCUAGGGUGGAGUUGGCCUGGCCGCAGAGCCUGGAAGGCUCUGUGAGCGCUUGGGGCAGUAGAUCUGGAAGCUGGUCCCCAGGUGAGGUUUGAAGAUUGCCUGUGAGUUACUCAGGGGAAGGGCUCACCAGGGGAAUAGCUGCAAAGGUGUGGAGGCCUGAGAAAGCCUGGAGUCCGUGGUUCAGUAACCCCUGGCAGGUCUUGGGUGGGUUCCGAUGGUGGAGGGUACCAGAAACCCAGUCUCCAAGUAAGUGGAGCAAAAUUUCAAGCAACAAACCACUUUGCCCUGGGACAGACGUGAUACGCUUGGGCACCAGUGGCAGACAUUGCUAGUCGAUCUCCACCUGUUACCUCAGGCACCAGAUGCAGACAUUGUUGAUCAGUUAUCACUUCUGUCUUACUAAAUCCCUAGCUGUUUCAUUUCACUGGCACCAAACUCUUGUUGAGCUAAAUUUCUGAGAGAGUAUGAGGUAAGGGUGGAGAUAGGAAGGAAUAGGAAGGUCCUUCCUCUUUGAGGAGAAACAUGUUUAAAAGAGGAACAACUAGGACAUGGAGGUUGUUUACAUUUAAUAAGCUAGGAGUUUUUACUCACUUUAGACUGGAUAUUAUGCCCAUUUUACAGAUGGUAACACUGAGGCUGAGAGAGAGAAGGUGAUUUGCCGAAAGCGGCAUUGCAAAGAAUGCCCUGACUGGCUUCCAUGACACAGCCGGGGAGACUGGGCUCUGGGUGGCAUUGAGCCACAGGCACCCUUAGCUGACUGACCUUGUCCUUGAGGGCCUGUCUGCUUCCAGUUGCUGUAGAGCAAGGGAGGAGCUGUCUGUUUGCUUUUCACAGGCCUUGAGAAGAGGGCCGCUUCAGAGUGCUUACAGCUGAAAUGGGAAAUUUGAGGAAAUGGAAACCAAACCUUUCUUUUUUGUUGUUGUUGUUGUUUUUUUGCAGCCUCCAGAAAUAAUCCUGGGUUCUACAGAGCCCGGGAUCAUGGUUGACCUCACCCACCCCCACUUCCUGCAAAACCAGGCUGCCUGGCGGGGGGAAGGGGGAUGUCAGAGCGGUGGGGAAACUGAAAGGAGUGACAAGCGUGUCAUCAGUGACUCAGUGCCGGGAGGCCACUGCCUGCUGACUCACCCGCUCCAAGGCUGGGCCCCUCCAGCCGCUGACUGGAGCAGACCAGGGUGUGGGGAAGGGGAUGAAGAGGGGCCUCGCUGACCCCCCAUACCCUAGAGCAGUGCCAGGCUGCAGUCUGACUGUUGUACUGUUACUGGCUCCCAAACAACAGGAAAACAAAACCAAACACCUCAACGUGACAAGCCAGUCCCACGGUUUGUCCAGGGAAGACACAGAUGACACACAGGUCAGGUGCCAGGUGUUCCUGAGCCCCCGUGUGCAGCAUCAAUAGAUGUGCGAUUAGGAGCCCUGUCACCUGUACGUGAAAGCAGGCCCCGGCGUCCACUGCAGACACCCUGGCAGCCCUCCUUCUCCUCCUCCGGCUUUUGCUCAGCUAUGGUUACAGUGUGUGCCAGGGAAUUUACCGAGCGGUCUUUGGGGUUUGAGUCCCUGCGGAUAGGAUCUGUGAGGCUUAACUGUUCUCUUCCCCUGGAUUGUCACCUUCCUUCAGGAAUCUGAUUUCAACCAGGCUGUGAGGCCGAGCUCGGUGGCGUCACAGCACCUUCUCCUUAAACACUUUCUCUGUGCCCUUGGCCAGACGUGGCACUCCUAUCCUGCCUCUGAAUGUGUAGAAUAAUUCUUGUGUUGUUUAGAACAAUGAGCACCUCCCACCUGUGGGUGGACAUUAGCACCAUGAGGGCAGGAGGGUGACCUUGGGUUUCUAGCAGUGUUCCUAGACCAGGCAUAUAGUAGGUGCUCAAUGCAUGCUGCAGGAGCAUGGGGCAGAUGACAAUGGGGGCCUCAGGUGAAUGUCAGCUCAGAGAGGGGAGGUGACUUAUUCAAGGUCACAUAGCAUUGAAGGAUGACCCCAUCCUUUCCAAAGCCACAGGCUUGACCCUCUGGGGAGGUGAUUUAGCUUAACACACAGACACAGUUUCUUAUCUGCGUCACCAGUGUUAUCAGCCCUAGGCCUUGGCCUAGGGAAAGGAAUUCAGCCACCUGUCCUGGGUUGGUCCCUAAUUGCAGAAAAAGACACCACCUCCAACCCAUCCUAGAGGUGUUUCACUAAUGACGGCGAAGCUGACAGCUUCAGGGUGUAGGGGCUCAGACUCAGACUCUACAGGUCGGCCCCUACCAAAAAAUUGCAACUGCUUACAGGAAAGAGCCCAACUUAGGCAACUUCUGCCUCUCCCAGAGUGGAGGGGGAGUUGGGCGGGCGGUCGCAGACAAGCUGGGGCUUCUAGCCCUACCAUCUGCGGGACAAAAUCUAGGGUCUAACCAUGACCUCCCAGGCCUCCCCUCCCGUCUCUGUCCCACACUGGCUUUCUCUCUGUUCCUUUAAUGUGCCCAGCGUGACCCUCUUUAUACACACUGUUCCCUGUUCUUAGAACACCCUUCCCCCAGAUCUCUGCCAGAGAGAUCUCAGCUUCAGUGACAUUAAAAGCAUGGGCCUGGGGCAGAGCGUCUGGAUUCUAGAACCCAGCUAUGUGACCUUGGGCAAGGGGCUUCCCUUCUCUGGGCCUCAUUGCCUGUACUGAGGAGAAAAUGAAUCGUGCCUGGAAAGGGCUUAGUGCAGUGCCAGGCCCACCGAGAGUCCUCAGUAAGCGUCUGCUGUUAGGUGAAAGCAGCCCCAGCCGCGUCACGCACACAUCUGUCUGCUUCAAUGUUUCCUCCGUGCUUGUCAAGGAGUCCUGGUGGUACAGUGGUUAAGCACUUGACUUCUAACUGAAAGAUCUGUGGUUCUAACCCACCAGGCGCUCUGAGGGAGAAAAGACCAGGUGAUCUACUCCUGUAAAGAUGACAGCCUUGGGAACCCUCUGGGGCCGUUCUACUCUGUCCUAUAUAGAAUCUGCUCAAUGGCACACGACAACUAAAACAACACUGUCAGGAGUAUUCAUUCAAUUGCUUAUUUCGUGUCUGCCUUCCUUCUGGAAUGUCGGCUCCUUAGGACUCUCCUCUGGGCCCCUGGUUCCUAGUGCAGUGCUGGCACCCACACAGUGGGGUAGGUUCUCAGUAAGUCUUUAUCAGACAGUCACGGCGUGCCCCAGUUCACCCUGCUCUCCUUUUCCCCUGACCGCUGAGAUGACGAGAGGGGAAGUGGCCCGACCCACGUGACCCAGCAGAGCGGUUGAGGACCACGUUCUGACUCCCAGCCCACUGCUCUUUCCCCUGACUCAGCCUCUGGCUUGGCCAUGCCUUGGAGCACCUCUGUCCCCCGGCCCGUCUUCACUUCAGGGGAGCAGUGCUGGCUGUUCUGUGCCUCUGCCCCUCUGUGCCUCACUGGUCCCAGCCCUGCAGAGCGGCCUCAGCUUGUGCCUUCCUUACCUAUCCGGGGUGUCCACGGUUUGCAGAAGGCGAGGAGAUGGCCACCAAGGAGAAGCUGCAGUGCCUGAAAGAUUUCCACAAGGACAUCCUGAAGCCAUCACCAGGGAAGAGUCCAGGCACGAGGCCCGAGGAUGAGGCAGAAGGCAAGCACCCGCAGAGGGAGAAGUGGUCCAGCAAGAUCGACUUCGUGCUCUCUGUGGCUGGCGGCUUCAUCGGUUUGGGCAACGUCUGGCGUUUCCCGUACCUCUGCUACAAAAAUGGUGGAGGUGCGUUUCUCAUACCAUAUUUUAUUUUCCUGUUUGGUGGCGGCCUGCCUGUGUUUUUCCUGGAAGUGGUCAUUGGCCAGUACACCUCCCAAGGGGGUAUCACCUGCUGGGAAAAGAUCUGCCCCUUGUUCACUGGCAUUGGCUAUGCCUCCAUCGUGAUCGUGUCCCUGCUGAACGUGUACUACAUCAUCAUCCUGGCCUGGGCCAUGUACUACCUGUUCCACUCCUUCCAGACGGAUCUGCCCUGGGCACACUGCAACCACAGCUGGAACACGCCCCACUGCAUGGAAGACACUAUGCGCAAGAACAAGAGCAUGUGGCUCGCCCUUGGCACCAGCAACACCACCAACUACACCUCCCCCGUCAUCGAGUUCUGGGAGCGCAACGUGCUGAGUCUGUCCUCUGGAAUCGACCGCCCUGGGGCUCUGAAGUGGGACCUCGCUCUCUGCCUCCUCCUUGUCUGGCUGGUCUGUUUCUUCUGCAUCUGGAAGGGCGUCAAGUCCACGGGGAAAGUCGUCUACAUCACAGCCACCUUCCCCUUCAUCAUGCUCCUGGUGCUGCUGGUCCGUGGACUCACACUGCCUGGGGCCGGCGCAGGCAUCAAGUUCUAUCUGUACCCUGACAUCUCCCGCCUCAAGGACCCCCAGGUGUGGAUUGAUGCUGGGACCCAAAUAUUCUUCUCCUAUGCUAUCUGCCUGGGGGCCAUGACCUCGCUGGGAAGCUACAACAAGUACAAGUACAACUCGUACAGGGACUGUAUGCUGCUGGGAUGCCUGAACAGUGGUACCAGUUUUGUGUCUGGCUUCGCAAUUUUUUCCAUCCUGGGCUUCAUGGCACAAGAGCAAGGGGUGGACAUUGCUGAUGUGGCUGAGUCAGGUCCUGGCUUGGCUUUCAUCGCCUACCCCAAGGCUGUGACAAUGAUGCCGCUGCCCACGUUUUGGUCCAUCCUUUUUUUUAUUAUGCUUCUCUUGCUUGGACUGGAUAGCCAGUUCGUUGAAGUUGAAGGACAGAUCACGUCCUUGGUUGACCUUUACCCAUCCUUCCUAAGGAAGCAUCGGGAAAUCUUCAUCGCCCUCAUCUGUUGCGCCAGCUACCUGCUGGGGCUGACAAUGGUGACAGAGGGUGGCAUGUAUGUGUUUCAGCUCUUUGACUACUAUGCAGCUAGCGGUGUAUGCCUUUUGUGGGUUGCAUUCUUUGAAUGUGUUACUAUUGCCUGGGUAUAUGGCGCUGAUAACUUUUAUAACGGUAUUGAGGACAUGAUUGGCUAUCGGCCUGGGCCCUGGAUGAAGUACAGCUGGGCUGUCGUCACUCCAGUUCUCUGUGUUGGAUGUUUUAUCUUCUCUCUCGUCAAGUACCAGCCCCUGACGUAUAACAAAGUCUACGUGUACCCCGACUGGGCCAUUGGGCUGGGCUGGGGCCUGGCCCUGUCCUCCAUGGUGUGCAUCCCCCUGGUGUUCCUCAUCUCCCUUUGCCAGGCACGAGGACCUCUCUCCGUGAGAUUCAAGUACCUGCUGACCCCAAGGGACCCCAACCGUUGGGCUGUGGAACACGAGGGGGCCCUCCCCUAUAACUCCUCUUCCACCAUCAAUGGCGUUCUCAGGAAGCCGACCCACAUCAUUGUGGAGACUAUGAUGUGAGCUCUCGGGUCGACGGGCCGCUUUCCUGCUGUUUACUAACAUUAGAUUCUCAUAGGACCAGGUUUACAGAGCUUUACAUUUGCACUAGGAUUUUUUUUUUUUUUAAUUGU